UUUCUUUACAGUUUCAAACAUUUGCUUUCGAGUCUUAGUUACAUGAAGACCUGGAAUAACUAUGAGAUCAAAAUGCCUUGUCAUUUUUCUACUGCCACUAGUGACGGGCUUCAACAUCAAACUGUUAUGCCAAAUCGAUACCGACAAACCGAAUUUAAAUUUAGAAUUCGACGGUGAAGAAGAAAAUGUCGUUACUGAACUUGAAAGAAUCACUUUUGGUAUAACUGACGACCAAAUUAAGGAGUGUCUUCGAAUAUACUUGGGCGAACGGCCUCUAGACGUUUUUUUCCGCAGCCCGACGCCUUGGGACGAUCUUUAUAGGCGUAAAAGGUGGAAACAGGUUGAAAAAUCACUGGUGGCAAAAAGAGGGAAGGUUGUUAGAAUAAUCACGCAACCGGUAAAGUUUUCGCGUAGGAUUUUAGAAAAUAAAACGCCUAAGAAGGCGAAUGUGAGUAUAUUGUUGACGGACACGGCUGAAGUUGGGCUGUCGUCGGCGUGGAUCGACAUCAAGAAGUUGUCUAUGAGACAGAAUAUAACUUAUGAUAUAGAAAUAGAAACGUUAGGAACAUUCUCGAAGUUUUCCUUCAUGUCGAUCUGGGGUCAGAGUGGAGAGAGCACACAAGCGGUGAGGAUAGGAUCCACGGAGUAUUUACAAGUGCUGCUGAGUGCUGCCCAGACAGCGCAGGCGCAGCUGAUGGCUACGCAAGGCGUUAUGAAUAUAGAGAUUGAAUACGAAGCCAGCGUUAGAGGUAACUUGGUGGUAAAUUUUGAUCCACCGUACAUGGGUCACCAUUUCUGGGGUCCAAGAGUCGAAAACGUCCUCAACACAUGUAAUGUCAACAGUACAUUAAUUUUCAAAGAAAUUGUCUGCCUUUGUUUCUACGUUAACCCUAAAGUAGUUGUUAGUGAUUUGAGAAACGGAAAAUUGAUAAAAGAGUUUAAUGUUCCUAUGACAGAAGAGAAACAAUUUAAUUAAUAUUGUAAAUCAAUUUAUUUAUUACUUUUAUUUGUAAUUAUGAUGAAUAUUGUUUAGAAUAUCAUAUUUAUUUAAACCGAUAAGUCAACAUUUGAAUGAUUGAAAUAAUACUCUUUGAAGAAAACCAUUGUCAAUAUAUAACUUCGAGAUUACGAUACUAUCGAAAGAUAUCAAUUUUCUGCCUUUUAUUUGAACUGAGUAAGAAUGUCGUUUUAGCUUAAGUGAUGUAAAACUCUAAUUUAUGCUCAUUUUAAAAAUUUCAAAUAAAAUAACCUGAGCAUUGGUCACCAAUGCUUACAGGAAAGAAAUAGAUUGUC